UGCCCCAAUGUCCUAGUUGCCCCAGAGAGGCACCCCCUCCCCAAUUCUGCAGACUGCCCGAGGCCGUCCCCAAGUGUGGCAGGGCCGAGGUGGGGAGUGGGGCUGGAAGGCAGGCUCUCGGGCCCUAAAGGGGGCUUUCGGUCCCUCCCAGAGAACCAUUCAGUCCGUCAGAAAGCCUCACGGCCCCAGGCAGCUGUGGCCCCUCAGCCUGCAGCUGCUCCCCAGGCUUAUGGGGAAGAGUGAGGGGGCGGGGGUGGUCUCUGUGCUCUAUACUUAGCCCACAGGAGCCAGGCUAGUGUCUUAUCAUCCAGCUGUGUCAUCAGAGAUUAUUUUUGGGGCUGGCAGCUGCAGGCGUCUGUGACACUCAGGGCCCAAGCAGGGCCACUGGGGACUUAGGGCUGGAAGUGCCGGAGGGAGGGGCCCAGGUUGUGGGGAGGGGGCUGUGGGAAGACGUCAGUGCAGCCGAGGACAAGGCAGUGAGUAGGGACCGCCGGGCCUUGUCUGGACAAGCCGGUGGGCCCACAGAACUGGUCUCUGUCCCGGCUUCAGAGAGAGUGAGAGGCCCCAAAAUAGCCUCCCCUGAGAGUCACCUCCGGCUAGAAUUAGCGGCCCCUCUCGCACCGCAGGGGCAGCUGAGCCGCGGCCAUGGAAGGGAGAGGCGUUCUCGGGGGCGCCCCCCGCUUCCUGCGCUUCCCAAGGCCGGUCCGGGUGGUGAGGGGCACCGACGCCACCCUGAGGUGCUGCCUCACGGGCUCACCCCCGCCCACCGUCCUGUGGGAGAAGGACGGGCAGCAGCUGGAGGCGUCGGGCCGCUUCUGCUUUCAGACGUUGGGGGAUGAGCACAGCCUUGUGGUAAGGGGGGCGGGGGCCCCAGACGCCGGCGUCUAUGUGUGCCGGGCCCAGAACCCCUGCGGAGAGGCCUACGCCGCGGCAGCCCUCGCGGUGCAGGAGCCCCCGGAGGGGCCCCCCGGCCCAGCCCAGGAGAACCCCCCCACCUCGGCCCGGCCGCAGAGUCCUCCGGACACGGCUUCCACCUCCCCGCCCCCCGCCCCAGCCCAGGCCCGCCCCCUUUCACGGGGGUCCCCGGGCCCGCUCCCUGAGCUGCGGGAAGGGGCCCCCGUGUUCUUGGAAGGGCCGCGGUCGCAGUGGGUGCAGCAGGGCGAGGAGGUCACCCUCACCUGCCAAGUAGGGGGGCGGCCAGAACCGGCCGUGCUCUGGGAGAAGGACGGCCGGCUCCUGGAGGACGUCUGGGAGAGCGCGCAUUUCUGUCUGACCAAGGGCCCCAACGGGGGCCACGAGCUGCGCAUCAGGGGCGUCCGGCUGCCGGACGCGGGCGUCUACGUGUGCCAUGCCAGCAACCCGCAGGGCCGCGCGCUGGCCGCUGCGCUGCUCCAGGUCCGGCCCUCCGCAGCCGAGAGCCCCCCGAGCUCCCCCCGCCAGGGCCGCAGGCGGCCCGCGGGGCCCGAGGCGCCCGCCCCCAAGAGCUUCUGGGUGAGCGAGGGCAAACACGCCAAGUUCCGCUGCUACGUGACCGGGAAGCCGGAGCCCGAGACCGAGUGGCACUGGGAGGGCCGGCCUCUGAGCGCCGGGCGCCGGCGCCUGCUCUACCGGGACCGCGACGGCGGCUUCGUGCUGAAGGUGCUCUACUGCCAGCCGGCCGACUGCGGCCUCUACGUCUGUGCGGCCCGCAACAGCGCCGGACACACGCUCAGCGCGGUCCAGCUGCACGUCCGAGAGCCCCGAGUGCGCUUUGCAGUGCCCCUGGAGGAUGUGGAGGGCGAGGAGCGCGGGGACGCUGUGCUUGAGUGCCAGGUGCCCUCCCGGGGCAUUGCCACCACCUGGUACCGCGAAGACCAGCGCCUGCUGCCGGGCCCCAAGUACGAGAUGGGGGAGGCCGGGGUCGUGCGGCGCCUCAUCAUCCGUGACCUGGAGGCCGACGACGACGGCAUCUACCUGUGUGAGAUGCGGGGCCGCGUGCGCACGGUGGCCGCCGUAGCUGUCCGAGGGCCCAUCACCAGGCGGCUCCCGAGGAAGCUGGACGUGCUGGAGGGAGAGAACGCGGUGCUGUCGGUGGAGGUGCGAGAAAGCGAGGCCGUCGGGCACUGGGCUCGGGACGGCCAGGACCUGCCGGCCUCGCCCCGAAUCGUCCAAGCCAGCUCCGGCCGCACACACAGCCUGGUGCUGGUGGGGGUGACCCGCCAGGACGCCGGCGUGGUCACCUUCAGCCUGGGCUCCUCUCGCACCUCCUCCAGGCUGAGGGUCAAAUGUGUGAAACAAGUGCCCCCCGGGCCCCCAGUGGCAGUCGAGCUGGGCACAGGGUGCAGCAACACAGCCCUGCUCAGCUGGAAACCCCCCGUGCCGGCCCCUGACACGGCCAUCACCUACCGGCUGGAACGGCAAGAGGUGGGCACGGAUGCCUGGGUACAGUGCCUCACCACAGAGGCGGCCGGGGCCGUGGAGGUGCCAGGAGACAGCGUGCCCAGCGAGGGCGACUACCGCUUCCGGCUGGCGGUGGUCAGUGAGCAUGGCCAGAGCACCCACGUCCUGUUUCCAGGCUCGGUGCAUCUGGUGCCCACAGCUCGGGUGCUAAGAGGCCUGCAGGAUGUACGUGUCCAAGAAGGGGACGACGCCGCCUUCUCCCUGGAACUCUCCACCUCGGUGCGAGGCACCUGGUUCCUGAACGGGGCAGAGCUCCAGGCUGGGGCACCGGACAGCGAGCGCAGGGAGGAAGCCCAGGGGUACCGGGUGCAACAGGAAGGCCCCAAGCACCGGCUACUCCUUCGGGCCCGGAGGCUCCAGGACAGCGGGGCCCUCAUCACCUUCCUGUGCCCCGGAGUACACGUCUCCGCCACGCUUCACGUGCAAGAGCCCUCUGUGAGGAUUGUGCACCCUCAAGAAAAGGUUUCCGUCGAGGCCAUGAGCCCAGAACAGGUAGUGCUCACCUGUGAGUUGUCCCAGGCCGGAGCACCUGUGCAUUGGUACAAAGAUGGAGUGGAGGUAGAAGAGAACAACGCCUUAGUGCUGAAGAAUGAGGGAUUCCAGUGCCACCUUGUGAUCCCUGCUGCCCAGCCCCAGCUCGGGGGCGAGUUUGUGUGCAAAGCAGGGGACGACUUGGCUUUCUUUAUGGUCACCAUCAAAGAGCCCCCCGUGAGGAUCAUCUUCCCUCAGGACACUGUGUCCGUGGCUGCUGAGAGCUCAGAACGGGUGGUGCUGAGGUGCGAGCUAUCCCGGGCUGGAGUCCCCGUGCACUGGUACAAGGACGGAGUGGUGGCAAAGGAGAGCGAAAACCUUGUACUGAAGAAUGAGGGCCCCCACUGCCACCUGAUCCUGCCUGCAGCCCAGCCCCAGGACGGGGGCAAGUUUGUGUGCAAGGCAGGCGAUGACCUGGCUGUCUUCGAUGUCACCGUCACAGAGCCCCCGGUACGGAUCACGCAACCCCAAGAUGAGGUGUUCCUGACUGCUGUGACCUCAGAGAGAGUAGUCCUGACAUGUCAAGUGUCCCGGGCCGGAGCCUUGGUGGGCUGGUACAAGGAUGGGAUGGAAGUGGAAGAGAGCAAAGAUUUGGUGCUGGAGAGUGAGGGACUCCAACACCGGCUCAUACUGCCUUGCGUGAGGCUCCAGGAUGGGGGCGAGUUUGUUUGCAGCACCAGGGAUGACUCUGCCUUCUUCACUGUAACUGUAACAGACCCUCCCGUGAGGAUUCUAUCCCCCCAGGACACUGUGGCCAUAGCCGCCCUGAGCUCAGAGCCAGUGGUCCUGAAAUGUGAGCUGUCCCAGGCCGGAGUCCCUGUGCGCUGGUAUAAGGAUGGGCUGGAGGUGGAGGAGAGUAAGACUUUGGUCCUGGAGAGUGAGGGGCACCAUCAACGCUUGGUACUGCCUGCAGCUCAGCCCCAGGAUGGAGGAGAGUUUGUGUGCAAGGCUGGAGAAGACUCAGCCUUCUUCAACGUCACCGUCACAGAGCCUCCAGUGAGAAUACUAUUCCCCCAGGACGAGGUGUCUGUGGCCGCUGUGAGUUCAGAGCGAGUGGUCCUCAUGUGUGAGCUUUCCCGGGCCGGAGCCCCUGUGCGCUGGUACAAGGAUGGGCUGGAGGUAGAGGAGACUGAGGGCCUGGUCCUGGAGAGUGAGGGGUCCCACCACCGCCUGGUCCUGCCUGCAGCCCAGCCCCGGGAUGGAGGCGAGUUUGUGUGUGAUGCAGGGGAUGACUCGGCCUUCUUCGUCGUCACUGUCACAGUACCCCCGGAAAGGAUAGUGCGCCCGGCAGCCCGCUUCCUCCAGCUGCACUUCAGGUCCCCGGGGCGAGUGGAGCUUCGCUGUGAGGUGGCCCCCGUGGGGGCCCGCGUGUGUUGGUACAAGGAUGGGCUCGAGGUGGAGGGAUCAGAAGAUUUGAAACUGGGGGCCGAGGGGCCGGUCCGGACGCUGACCUUGCCCCACGCCAAGCCCCAGGACGCUGGAGAGUACGUCUGUGAGACCCGGGAUGAAGCCGUCACCUUUGACGUCCGCUUAGCGGAGUCGCCGGUGCAAUUCCUCCUCCCCGAGGGGGCUCCCUCUCCGCUGUCUGUGUCCCCCGGGGAGCAUUUGGUCCUAAGCUGCGAGCUGUCCCGGGCGAGCGCCCCAGUGUUCUGGAGCCUGAAUGGGAAUCCGGUCCUGGAGGACGGGAACCUGGAGCUUCGGUCCGAGGGGCCCCGGCGCCUGCUGCUCAUCCAGGCCGCCCACCCCUCUCAUGCCGGGAACUACAUGUGCCGGGCUGGGUCCGACCCUGCAGCCCCCACCCUCACUUUCCCUGUCCAGGUGACUGAGCCUCCUGUGAGAGUGUUGACGCCUGAGGCGUCCCGGACUGGGGUUCGAUGCGCCCCGGGCAGGGACCUGGAGCUGGCAGUGUGUCUUUCGGGGCCUGGGGGGGCCGUACGCUGGUACAAAGACGGGGAGCGGCUGGCCAGCCGGGGGCGGGUGCGGCUGGAGGAGGCCGGGGCACGGCGGGUGCUUCGGGUGCGGGGGGCACGGAGCGGGGAUGCCGGCGAGUACCUCUGUGAUGCCCCCCAGGACAGUCGAAUCUUCCUCGUCAAUGUGGAAGAACCCCCCCAGGUGAAGCUAGUGUCAGAACUGACUCCACUGACUAUCCAAGAGGGGGAUGAUGCUACAUUCCGCUGUGAGAUUUCCCCACCAGAUGCUGAGCUCACCUGGCUGCUAAAUGGGACCUCAAUUACCCCUGACAGCCGGGUAGAAAUCAACCAGAAUGGGCCCAACCACAUCCUGACCCUGCGCUGCUGCCGGAUCAGUGACUCUGGCAUGGUGACAGCCCAGACCAAGGAUGUCGAGAGCACAGCCCGGCUCCAUGUCAGAGAGGCUGAGCUGCUCUUUUUGCGGAGGCUACAGGACAUUCGAACUGAAGAGGGCCAGGAGCUGUGUAUGGAGGUGGAGACCAGCCGAGUUGGUGGGAAAGGAGUCGUGAGCUGGUUUCGAGGGGGACAGCCUCUUCCCGAAGAUGAUAGGUUCUUUGUGGUCCAGGAUGGUCGAGUGCAUCGUCUGAUCAUCCGCAAAGUCAUGGUGAGUGACCAAGGCAUCUACAGCUGCAAGAGCCAUCAUGACCGUACCCAGGCUCGGCUGCUUGUGAGGCCUGAGCAGCUGAAGGUGCGCCAUGGCCUUGAGGAUGUGGUGGUCACUGAAGGGGGAAGGGCCACUUUCCAACUGGAGCUGUCCCAGUCUGGGGUGACUGGAGAGUGGGCCCGGGGAGGGGUGCGGCUGGAGCCUGGGCGCAACUGCCAGAUCAGUGCCCAGGGCCACCACCACUCCCUGGUGCUCAGUGGUCUCGGCCUGGCCGAUACCGGAACCGUGUCCUUCACCACCGACACGCUGCGCUGUGCAGCCCGGCUAGAAGUGAAAGAGAUACCAUUAGCCAUUGUGAAGGGGCUCCAGGACCUAGAAGUAAUGGAAGGUGACUCAGCCACAUUUGAGUGUGAGCUGUCCAGGACCCAAGCCGACCUCACAUGGGAUAAGGACGGCCAGGAGCUGUCACCCAGCCCUCGGCUCCGGAUCCAGGCUCUCGGCUCCCGCCGGCUCCUCCAGCUCCGGUGCUGCAGCACCGCCGAUGCGGGCACCUACAGCUGCUCGGUGGGGAACGCCCAAGCUACGACCGCCCGCCUCACCGUGCGGAAGAAGGAGGUGUCAGUGCUGCUCGAACUGAAGCCCGUUAAGGCCCGGGAGGGCGACGGCGCCACCUUCAAGUGUACCGUGUCCGAGCCCGGUAUCCCUGGUUGCUGGCAGCUGGGAGGCCGCAUCCUGCGCCCUGGGGGCCGUGUCCGAAUCCGACAGGAAGGGAACCUGCACUCCCUGCUGCUGAGUGAGUUGCAGGCUGAGGAUUCUGGGGAAAUCCAGUUUCAGGCUGGUCAAGCCAAGUCUUCCACCCACCUGGAAGUCGAGGCCCUGCCUCUCCAAAUCUGUCGGAAACCCCCUCGAGAGAAGACGGUUUUGGCCGGCCGUAGGGCAGCUUUAGAAGUGACAGUGUCCAGGGCAGGAGGUCACAUUCGGUGGCUGCUGGGUGGGGUCGAUUUGACGCCCGGGCCAAAGUAUGAGUUUCGAAGCCAUGGGGUCACCCACAGUCUGAUCAUCCACAACGUCCAGACCACUGAUGAGGGCACCUACUGCUGCCAGGCUGGAGAGGACAGCGCCAAUACGAACCUGCUAGUGGAGAGUAGCUAGAGCCAGACCCAGACACAGGAUGGAUGCCCAUGGACAGAUGGGAAGCCCAAACAGCCUAUGGGUCUGGGGAGCAUGGGGUGGGAGGCAGGGGGAAAUAAACCCAGCCCAGUCCUCCUACCUGUCCCUCAGUCUCUCUGUGGCAUUGGGUCACUGCUCUGACCAUUCACACAUGUUGACAGGGCCCACCACUUUCAAUGCUCAACCUUCCCCCGCCCACCGGCUACUGGGAAACCACUCCUGGUUCAGGCCUUGCAAUUUGGCACAUUUAUAAAAGAUGUAAAAUGAGAGGCAGAGGAGGAGAAGGAGGAGGAGGAGACAAAAGCACGAGGUGUCUGGAGUGGAACAAAUACCAGACAUGCACCGUGCACAAGCUCCCAAAACCCACCCACCCAAUCUCUCCACCCCUAUACCCUCCCUCCACUCCACCCCAAACAAUUCCAGAGAGCCCUGCCCACCUUCCACCAAACACCACUGGAACCGGCAUCUAGCAGAAGAUGAGGAGGGUUGGGGGACACAAGGGCAAAGGGCAUUGCAGCCCUGCCCCAGACAAAAGGGAUGCAGCCUGAAUGGAGAGCCUGUGCAGAAAGCAGCCCCAGCCCAUAGGUUGGGAUGAGGUGACAGGGUGGGCCUUUCCCACCAACAUGGGCAUGCAGGGGGAUGGCCCUUAGGACCAAGUUGAGAGAGAGAGAGAGAGAGAGAGAGAGAGAGAGAGAGAGAGGCUAAGUAUUCCCCCCAGAAGGAAGUCCUCCCCACCAGAAAUCUAAGGC